UUUACGUUUCUCAAACGCAACUCGAGGUCUACGAGGAACCGGAACGCACGGCUACAGCAGAGAAAAUUAUUAACUACGAAAGACGGAUUAGAAACAGUUUAGUUUCUCUUGACUCUGUGUUUCGAAAGAAUUCUAACUGUGUUUUAAGCUUUUAUCCAGACUUUAUUUCCAUGUGUUUGAAACCGACCAUCGAAACCUUCACUUGUGAGAUGUCUGUCGGAGAAGCAAAGAUGGAUCCUGAAAACGUCGUUUUAAAGCCGCAGAAACGAAAGAAAUUACGAAGACUUAAGAAAAGGAAGUAUUUUACUCCUCUGGGUUUCGACUUAAUGCAGGAGAACGGGAGACCGAUGAAGCAAAGGAGAACAAAAACCGCCGCGCCUCAGAAUACCACGCAAUUCAUCAUGGAGGAUAAGGAGGUGACCGAACCGUUUUAUGUAAUUUCUUCUCCUUCCACUUCACCAGUUAGUCACUGUACAAGUUCUCCAGGGUCAGUACGAGGUUCACCUUUAUCGGACAGAGACUUAGCUUUCGAUUCUACUGAAGAAGAUCUCGUUCGCGAUUUCGAGGACCUUGAUUUCGAUUUGGAUUUUUUCCAAAAAGAUUUCGAAGCCACAUACAAUCGUAUUCAGGAGGAAAGCUUAUUGGAGCUCUCUAAAAUUGAACUUGUUAAUAAGUUUAGAGAGCUUGAAGGAAAAGGAGAGAUUCUUCAAAAACGUUGUGAGGAAAUUGGAAGAGUCGGCACUCAUGGACAGCAAAAGUCUUCUACGGCAAAAUAUUCGUAUGUUGUAUCACCAAACGCUUUUCCCGCUCCUGCCGAAAAAUCACAGGACGAAAGUACUUUGCUUUGUUAUCUGGAAGAGUUACGGCGUGAAAAUAAAUCAUUGGUGGAAGAAAAUUUGAGGUUAAAGUCUGCAAAAUGUUCAUUAGGACUUUCUCGGCUUUCAUAGAUACUAUGAUUUUAAAUUACUAGUGGAGGCAAAUAAUGAUGAAAUUGAUGUGGAAUGUGAUAGUUCUGAUGUUGGCGGUGCUUUUUUCGUUGUAUGACGCUUUAACAUUUUGCCCAAAGACGACUGACUUCAAGUGUUUCAAUUUAUUGUGUAGAAUACUAAAGCAUGGUCUGGAAUUUUGCGAGGAUUUUGAAACGUUUGGUGAUGUGUGGUGCACUUGGGUCAUGAAUGAUACCAGUGGCAUUGCCUGUGGAUUACACCACACACUCCAGAAUUAAAGGACAACUGAUACUUCCUUCCUAUCAGCUGAGUGUUGGUGGAUGGAACCUGGAGUGUCCAUUACCCAAACAACACCUGCUGCUCAGAAACAGCUAAGUAUGAUCUUGCUGUUGUUCUCUUGGAAGUGGCUCUUCCGUAAUGGGUAGUGGGUUUAUCUGAAAAAGGGACCUCGGUUCAUUUGAAAUUGUUUGUAUGUGAAAUCCUGUUCAAAACUACCCAGUCAUGAAGCUUCUGUUGUUUCUCAAUUCCAAGGUCAUGUUAGACAGGACAAAUCUGUGAAUGUGUUAUUAGAAUGAUAACAUUUUCCACUUUCACCUCAUAGCAAGAUAAGUAAAUAUUUGGUCCUUAGUGCAACCUGCCUAGAAAACCCCAUGGAUCUGCUAUCAGCAACUCUAUUAUGUGACAUGUUUAUUUCACAAGGGAAGAACUGAUGGAAAUUUGGCGUGCAGGGAGGGGGUGUUAUUAUGUGAUUGUGCUGUAUUUGCUUUGUUACAGAAUUGGAGAGGGAAGAUUUGGAUAUGCAGCCCUUUGGCAAGAUUGUGUUGAAAUUUUGGUGAAAUAUGACAUUGAUUUACCUCUAAAUGGCCUGUGUUAUCUCUGAAAGAUAAGAAAAAUAAAUGAAACAGUGUUCUUAA